UCGAAACAAAGGACUUGGAUAUCUCUAUCAUCUUGCCUGUGUGUCCCAUGGUCCAACAGUGAUAAGACUGCAGAACGCGCACAGAAGCUGCCUUCUGAUUGGGGAAACAUUCCCCCUGUUCCAUUCACCGCAGUGUUGCGUGUUUCCACAGUGAUAUACACGCACGUUUUUGUCCUUGAGUUUUCUCUCGAUGCUGUCUGGACGCAGAUUUACUGGUAUAAAAUGGGUUUUAUCAUAAAACUCGUUGGCUGGGAAUGAAUAUUAUGAUGUGGUUCUGUACGCCCCUGGUGCUGCUUGUGUCUUUCACAACAAUAGGAAAGUGACGAGCAGACAGGGAGAGUGUGUCAGGUGUGUGAGGACUUGAAAUGUGGAGGUGCUGGGGACAUGAAUUCUCUCCAGGAGGAAAAACUAAAACAAAGAGGGUGUAUGUGUUCAGUAAUGCACAGCUCAAGGGCAAAACACGCACAGUCGGCGCACAGGGACUUGCCAUGCCGGUGUUGUUAAUUUCGAAAUCUGGAUGUGGAGGGGGGGGUACAACUGUAUUCGUGCCAGGCUAAAGGGCUGAGGCUGGAUUACUAUGCACGAGGAGUUAAAUGCAGAUCUGGCGCCUGUUGGAGCGACGCGGGUUUAAAACAAAAGUGGGAAGCGAUGCUGGACUCUCACUCUUAAUGCAAAGGUCUGCCCGUGAUUUAGGAGGCCGUGUAACCUGAAUUAGUUGAUGAAUUUUCUAUCGAUCCUAAACAAGCCAGAUUUAUCUCUGACACGGUGCUGCUGCUGCUGCUGGGUGGCGCCCGAGUCAGGCCACUCUCCCACUCCUCGUUAUUAGCGAUUUAAAAAAAAAAAAAAAAAAGGAGCAGGGCAAAAGCGAGAGAAGGAAGAAAAAAAAAAAAAAACUUUGGCAAUCACGUCCCGACACACACCCAAUAUAUACAGAGGAGGUGGUGCAGGCGCCACUACCCCCCCUCCGGCGCUUUCUCUCUGCCGUUUCUUUUCCCAGUUUUUUUAAUGUGUUGUAUUUGAAGUUGCAGCCAGGAGCCUGGUAGGAGGCAGAGGGAGCACUCUGUACCGCAGCUCUGUCGCUCCUGCAGAAGUUUUUUUUUUUGUCUUCCUUCCACUGCUUUGUUAUUGUUGUGAUUCUCUGGCUGCUCCGGACGGCAUGCGUGUCCGAUAUGUGGCGCAGAAAUAGGCUGUAAAUGGGGAACGGUGCGUAUGGAGAGAGACGUGGGGAAAGGAGGGAGAGGAGGGGGGGUUAUUGUAAGACUGAAUACCAACAAACUGAGGCCAUAUGAUAAUGCGCGUGCGGGGGCUCUGUGUAUGCUUAAUCCCAUUUCCUUAUCCGGGGUUUGUCUUGGAGGAUCGCCAUUGGCCGGCCGCCGUCACGUGGCUUCUUAACUUUGUUCACUUGACAGAAAAGUAGGAGGGUUCAUCGGAACAGGAAUAACCGAAGAGUAAAGGGAUGAGAUAUAAAUUUUAGUUAUAUAUUUUCCGAGUAGGUGCAAUUCCACAAAAAGACUCAAAUUAAUGGCCAUGAGCUCCUAUUUGAUCAACUCCAACUAUGUGGACCCGAAGUUCCCACCGUGCGAGGAAUACUCACAGAGCGACUAUCUGCCCAGCCACUCUCCGGACUAUUACAGCUCUCAGAGGCAGGAGCCUGCCGCUUUCCAGGCGGACUCCCUCUACCACAACCUUCAGCACCCCGCACACCCCCAGAAUCCCCACCCGCACCGAGGCGAGCCGCCCUUCACGCCGUGCCAGCGCGCGGGGCAGCCCGCCUCGGUGGUGAUGUCCCCCCGGGGUCACGUCCUCCCCCCGGCCGGGCUGCAGACCAGUCCCGUCCCGGAGCAGAGUCACCGCUGCGAUUCGGUGACACCCAGCCCGCCUCCGCCUCCGUCUUGCGGCCAAACGCCCCACAGCCAAGGCGCUUCUUCCCCCGCGAGCAAUCGCAAGGACCCCGUUGUCUACCCAUGGAUGAAGAAAGUCCAUGUAAACAUCCUGAAUCCAAACUACACAGGGAGCGAUGCGAAGCGCUCUCGGACGGCCUACACCCGCCAGCAGGUCCUGGAGCUCGAGAAGGAGUUCCACUACAACCGGUACCUGACGCGCAGGCGCAGGGUGGAGAUCGCGCACACGCUUUGCCUGUCAGAGCGGCAGAUCAAGAUCUGGUUCCAGAACCGGAGGAUGAAAUGGAAGAAGGACCACAAGCUGCCCAACACUAAGGUCCGCUCCGGGACAAACAGCAGCAGCAACACAAACUCCCAGGCCCUAACCGGCUCCCAGAACCGCUCCGCCGGACCUCUAUAGCCCGGCGCUUUUGCUCUUUGUCUCACGUGUGUCGUCCGUUUUCCUAUACCCGAUUCCCAAACUGAACGUCAAACCGGCAGCCACGCUUGUAACCCCGGAACCUGCACUUUGGACCGGAUUAACGCUUUUACUCUGGAGGGAGGGGAGGAUGGAUGGCUGAUGUUACACACUGUUAUGACGUGGGAGGAUGGAGAGAGAGAGAUUCCCCACUCAUGAAAAAAAAAAGAAAUGAACAAAAUGAACGAGGUGGCGAGGAAGGAGAGUGACAGAAAUGAAAAAAAAAGAUGCGGUCGCUUCUUUGCUUUCAUCCCCGCCAUUCUUCCCUCUCUGCGUCUCUUUCUCUGCUUUUUAUAUCUCUGUCUUUUUAUACCCCCCCUCUCUCCUCUCUGUGAGAGAGCAUAAGACAGUAGGCUGACUAUAGCGUGCUCCAGUGUGUGUGUGUGUGUGUGUGUGUGUGUGUGUGUGUGUGUGUGUGUGUGUGCGCGCGCGCGCGUGGUUCCUGUCCUUUUUUUCUAUCCGAGACAUUUUUUUUGGUGAAGAUGGAUCCUCGUUUUCAUCUUUAAUCAUGCCAAACUCGGGCCCCAUUUGUCAUGUUUACUCUGCGGGUACAAAGCAAAGGGGUGAACCGCGGCUCUGCCCAUUACCCCUCGCGUCUACACCCCCCACCUCCAUCACACACACACACACACACACACACACACACACACACACACACACACACACACACACACACACACCCUCCCACCCCACUCAAGCACUCAAACACGCACGUGUAAUAAAUGGAACUCUCGUUUCGUAUUAAGUAUUCUUACACACAGACACACACACACACACACACACACACACACACACACACACACACACACACACACACACACACACACACACACACACACACACAUGAUAACAAAUAAUAAUUGUUUUUUUUCUGUUUCUGUUUUUGUGUUUGCGGUUCAGGACAAACUAGCCUUAGAGGUUUUUUUUAAAUUGGACUGAUAGUUCCUUUUGAAUUGCGUGUUGGUUGUUAAAUGUUGAAUGCAGUCGGUCAGGAUGACGUGCGUGUAGUUGUGUGGUCCGUUGAUUGUUCACGUUGUGUCCAUGUUGUGUACAGGGAAACAGACUGACAGGGUGAGUCCAUGAAGCCUAAACAAAGGACACUGACGUUCAAACCAAAUUCCUGGUACAAAUAGCCCAAGAACACACUAUAAACGCAGCACUAUACAAUGUACUACCUAUUACCUCAGCUGUACUUAUAUAUAUAUACAUAUAUAUAUAUAUAUAUUAUUAUUAUUGAUAAUAUUAUUAUUUUGUAAUCUUAUUUCCUCUUACUCGUUGAAUGAAGUGACCGCUUUUCGAGCUUUUAUAUUUUUUAAAUUGUGUGACCAGUUAUUAUAAUAAUUAUUAUCACUACCUGCAAUACAGAAAAAGCGCUAUUCAUUUCGUCUAUGUGAAAAGUUAUUUAAUUCUAAGUGAAACGGUUCAAGCCAGAGACAUUGAGAAAAGUGAGCAGCUUGUGAUUGCAUGUCCGAAUGAUGUGGAUUCUUUUUCUUCUUCCUUUUCCGCUUUUUGCUCGUUGUCUCAUCUUUGUUGUGUCCGCACAUGAAAUGCGCGCACACCUCUCCUCUUCCUCCUCUUCCUCCUCUUCCUCCUCUUUCCUCCUUGUGCCACUUUUCUUCUGUAAUUGUAUUUUUCAGUUAAUGUUAUUUUUUUACAUUCCAAAGAUCAGUUUCUUCCUCAUUGACGAUGAUGAUGAUGAUGAUGAUGAUGAUGAUGUGUAUGAUAACUAAUGAUGGUAUUGUUGAACAUGUGUUACCUCCCCAGAAAUGUAAGUUGCGCCUUCCUCUGCUUAUGCCCACUCAGUGUCUACCUUCUUAUUUGUGAAUAGUCCAUUGAAAUUUAAAUAAAUGGCUGAAAAGUG